AUGGCGUUAGGUUCUAUUUCUAAAGGAAAGUCGCCCGGCCACGACAGUCUCAGUGUGGAACACCUGCAUCAUGCCGGCCCGCACCCAUACGGUCUGGAAUGUGGUGUUCGUCAGGGCGGUUUAACAUCUCCGAGGUUGUUCAACUUAUACAUCAACGCGCUGAUCGAGGAGCUCAGUAACACCCGUAUCGGUUGCCAUAUCGAUGGAGUUUGCGUAAAUAAUCUGAGCUACGCCGACGAUAUGGUGUUGCUGAGUGCCUCGGCGUGUGGACUGGCUAGGCUCAUUUCUAUAUGUGAGAAAUACGCUUCUAGCCAUGGGUUGGUGUAUAAUGUUAACAAAAGCGAAUGCGUUAUUUUUAGGGUCAAAGGUAAACCUACACCCAAGUUUCCAUGCGUCAGACUGAAUACCUGUCCGCUACGAAUCGUAGAACAAUUUAAGUACCUGGGACACAUGGUAACCUCUGACCUUAAGGACGACGUUGAUAUUGAACGCGAACGCAGAGCGUUGUCCGUCAGAGCCAAUAUGAUAGCUCGCAGGUUCGCUCAUUGCACAAAAGAUGUUAAGAUCACCCUGUUCAGGGCUUAUUGUACAACCUUCUACACAAGCAACCUGUGGGCUGAUUAUACUCAUAAACGGUACAGUGCUCUGCGUGUUCAAUACAACAACGCUUUCAGAGUACUGAUGGGGCUGCCCAGAUUCUGCAGUGCAUCGGGGAUGUUCGCGGAGGCGCGGGUAGACUGCUUCUACACCACCAUGCGCAAGCGAGCGACAUCGCUUGUGCGAAGAGUCCGGGCUAGCUCCAACAGUAUUCUGAAUAUGUUAGCGAAUAGGUUUGACUGCCUAUAUUUGAAUGCCUGCUGCUUGUUGCACGCACGCAGGAAUAGAUAA